AUGGCCUCCUUGAAAGAAUCCUUGGCUGGUCCAGGAUAUGUCAUUCUCAACACCAUUCGUGUACUAAACAUUAUUGUGCUCAUGGAUAUGAUUGCCGCCUGCGUGGUGAUGCUAGUGAAGAUUAAACUCCAGACCAGUUUCUUCUUCUUCGAGGCGGUAUCGCAUGUUGCGACAGCCGGGGCCUGCAUAUUUCUCAUUGUCUCAGAGCUUCCUAUCCUCAACAAGUAUUUCGAUCGCCACUGGCCAGCCCUCGGACAGGAUGCGGGAUUCCUCACAUUGUCUCUGGCUAUGUUAAUCAUGGGAGUUGGACUUUUGGGCGACUUGAAUUACACCGUCAAUGACUCGAGCUCCAUCGGCCUUGUAUUCUGGAGGAUCAUCAUCUCUGCAGGGAUUUUAGCACUGGUGAUGAGUGUCAUCAAUAUAGUCGCGACUUUUGUUUUCUGUGACCGAAAUGCUGGUGUCACUGCUCGCCAUGUGCGACUAUAUGGCGCAGUUGCACCCCAAAAGGUCCUCACUCGAACAAACAGUAACCGGUCGUUCCAACUUAGCAUGAAGCGCGAGAAUUCAUUGCCCACAUACAACACCCAGCCCCCAGCGAAAAGGUUUUCUCGCUUUCCUUUGAAGAUCUCGUCUCCAAUCAACCCAGCCCACGACGCAGCAUCGUCCAAGUACUCGCGAGACUCUCAGAUUUACCCGCUAACUAGUGAGCUACACAGCAUCAAGUCACUCCUCAUAUUCUUCGCUCCUGUCCUGAUACCCAAGGCAAUCAACUUCUAUCGAGGACUUCGUGUCUCGUUAGCAAGCCGACCUUCGCCGCAGCCUCUUCCCGCGACAGCCUCUCGGGCUCUGAACGUGCUCUUCUUCUCCGUUGUCCUCUUCCUCCUACUCAGCCUACCUUUCAAUCCGCAUGGGCCCACCCAAAACAUUUUCGCCCUCACGCGCUCGCGUCUGAAUACUCCGACAGAUGUGAUCUUCGCCCGUCUGGCACGGUAUCGUCCGCAAAAUACCCUCACGUCCGCGGACAUAGUUCUGCAAUCCAAGUUCAUAUCCCGCACCGCUAGGAACAUCUACCUCCGGUUCGGGCAGGAUGCCUUGAUAACCUGCCAGUUCUGCUCGCUAGACUCCCCGGACACAUAUCUGUUGUACUAUCUGCCGUUCAAUACGCUACUUCCCCAUCUUUUUCAUAUGAUUAUUGUGGGGUUGGUGACGUCCGCACCAUUUGCAGGCCGAGCAGCAGCACAAUGGCGGAACAAGUUUACGAUUGCCGGGUUGGCGCUGGCAGCGGCAGACCUCUACAUCAUGGCGACCUAUGAUCCAGUCCAGUCGGCCUCGGCGGCCGUCAGGGCGGGACAGAGCCCGCCUUCCAGCCUAUACACCCAGAUCAGCCUCCUACGCCCCUUAGCACUCACCAUUUUCGACAGUGUGUGCGCUUUCCUGAUCUAUGUCUCGGCCACGAACCGGUUUUUCUUCCCCCCCGUAUCACAGGCCGACCAGAUCGACAAGAUGGUCUCCAUGGCCGCGGCCACCUUGACAGAAACCAGCGCGAAGCUUCAUGGCCUGAGCGUGACGCGGAACGCGGUCGUUAGAGACAAGACCUUGAAGACUCGCGACGACAACUAUUGGCGGGCUGUAGUCUGUAUGGAGAAUGAGACCGUUGGCACGGCCAACAGCGGCGGGCCUUCGUCGACUGCAGUGACGAGCGUGUGGGAAGAAGAGGAGGUGGUACGAGCCAUGUCCAGAGCCAUGGCUGGUCAGGGAGGCGUCGACCUAGCUAGACUAGGUGUCAGCGCGAACGAGUACGUCAAUGGAAUCACAGCCGGCCUAGAGAAGACAGAUGAUACAAGCCCGUGA